AUAACGAGGGUGUACGAACCAUAUCACACAGGAAGACCGUGUAACAAACAAGGAAGACAAGAUGGCGGCCGACACAACAGAGAAUGAGCUCGGGGUUUCAUGGCACGACAGCGCGUGGAUCCCAAUACUAAACCCAGCUAAUGUAUUAGAAUAUUUUUCACAGAGAACUAAUCCUUUCUAUGAUAGAACUUGUAAUAAUGAAGUCGUUAAAAUGCAACGGUUGGACCCGUCAGCACUACAAUCUAUGGCAGGCAUUGAAUACGAAGUAAUCCACGUACAAGAUCCUAUUCUAUUCGUUAUACGCAAACAACAAAGACAUUCUUCUACUCAUGUUACUCCAAUUGCCGAUUAUUAUAUUCUUGCUGGCAUCGUUUAUCAAGCACCUGACUUGGGCUCUGUUAUCAAUUCAAGAAUGCUCUCAGCAUUACAUAACUUUGAGUCUGCAUUCAAAGAAGCGGUAUCCUAUUCCAGGUAUCAUCAAUCCAAGGGUUACUGGUGGCAGUUUAAGGACUCUCAAAAAAACCCAGAUUCUAAAACCACAACAGAAAAGAAGACAAGUCAAGCCAGUUCUCUUUUCCAGAGAGAAGGGGUUAAUCAACUUUUAGGUGAAUUGUCAAAGAGGUUUCCUCCAAGUCUUAUCAAGGCUUCACAAGUGAAUACAACGACUGCUGGAACAGCUACCGCUCAAAGCAAAGAGGCAGAGGAGCCAGGAACAGAGACAGAGGCAACAAAAGAUGCAACAUCUACUGACGCAGCCCCUGUAUCAAACGAAAACACUGUAAAUGGACUUUCUAAUAUACCUUCAUCAUCAAUAUCAAAGACAGUAGUAAAUGUUCCUGUACAGGGAGGAGUCAAAAGAGGAGCUGAUGGUGUUGCUAAGCAACCACCUCUUAAGAAAAAGAAACAAUAGUAUGAAAUGUCCAAUGAACCAUUCACAGUAGCUGGUGAGGAGAAUAGCUGGUGAGGAGAAUAGCUGGUGAGGAGAAUAGCUGGUGAGGAGAAUAGCUGGUGAAGAGAAUAGCUGGUGGGGAGAAUAGCUGGUGAGGGGGAUAGCUAGUGGGGAGAAUAGCUGGUGAGGAGAAUAGCUGGUGGGGAGAAUAGCUGGUGAGGAGAAUAGCUGGUGAGGAGAAUAGCUGGUGAAGAGAAUAGCUGGUGAAGAGAAUAGCUGGUGAAGAGAAUAGCUGGCGUAUGGUUGGUCAUAUCUAAUUUUUAAACAUUAGACAGGAAAACAGUACCAUUGAACAAAAAACUGGUCAAGAGAAUCAGAUGGUGUUGCCACUGUAUGUAACCACCUCCAAAGAUAAAGAAUCGUUAAUAUGCACAUCCAACAAUGAACUCUACCAAAAUAGCUGGUGAGGAGAAUUACAAGUAUAUGGCUGUUUCUGUGUUAUUGACAUAAAGYACAAGAAUCCAUACAUACAUAGUCCUUAGAGUUCAACAGAAUGAACACUUACAUUCCAUUGUAAAACUUGUACAUAAUUAUAGUUCAUAAAACAGUAUUUGAAUUGUCUGUAAGUUAUGAAAUAGAAAGAAUUGAUAAUAAAAUCUGAAUUUUGGAAGAGUU